UUUCUUUUCCCCCUAGCAUUUUUGAAACGUUGGGGUUGUUGGAGUGGUUGGAUUUUCCCUGGAAUUGAGUGAGAAAUUCAGAAGACUGAAGCCCAGGCUUACUGUCUACCUUUCACGGAGGCCUAGCCGUGAGAGGACAGAAGAAGGCACGUGGCGAAUCAUGACAGCUGACAAAGACAAAGACAAAGAGAAAGAGAAGGACCGGGACCGGGACCGGGACCGAGAGAGAGAGAAACGAGACAAAGCAAGGGAAAGUGAGAAUUCUAGGCCACGCAGGAGUUGUACCUUGGAAGGAGGGGCCAAAAAUUAUGCUGAGAGUGAUCACAGUGAAGAUGAGGACAAUGACAACAAUAGUGCCACCACAGAGGAGUCCACGAAGAAGAAUAAAAAGAAACCACCGAAAAAAAAGUCUCGUUAUGAAAGAACAGACACUGGUGAGAUAACAUCGUACAUCACCGAGGAUGAUGUUGUCUACAGGCCAGGAGACUGUGUGUAUAUCGAGAGUCGGAGGCCAAACACACCGUAUUUCAUCUGUAGCAUUCAAGACUUCAAACUGGUCCACAACUCCCAGGCCUGUUGCAGAUCUCCAACUCCUGCUUUGUGUGACCCCCCAGCAUGCUCUCUGCCGGUGGCAUCACAGCCACCACAGCAUCUUUCUGAAGCCGGGAGAGGGCCUGUAGGGAGUAAGAGGGACCAUCUGCUCAUGAACGUCAAAUGGUACUACCGCCAGUCUGAAGUUCCAGAUUCUGUGUAUCAGCACUUGGUCCAGGAUCGGCAUAAUGAAAAUGACUCUGGAAGAGAACUUGUCAUUACAGACCCAGUUAUUAAGAACCGCGAGCUCUUCAUUUCUGAUUAUGUUGACACUUACCAUGCUGCUGCUCUCAGAGGGAAGUGCAACAUCUCCCAUUUUUCUGACAUCUUUGCUGCUAGAGAGUUUAAAGCCCGAGUGGACUCUUUUUUCUACAUAUUAGGCUACAACCCUGAGACGAGGAGACUGAAUAGCACCCAGGGAGAAAUCCGCGUUGGCCCUAGUCACCAGGCCAAGCUUCCAGAUUUGCAGCCAUUUCCUUCUCCAGAUGGUGAUACAGUGACCCAGCAUGAGGAACUGGUCUGGAUGCCUGGAGUUAAUGACUGUGACCUCCUUAUGUACUUGAGGGCAGCAAGGAGCAUGGCGGCAUUUGCGGGAAUGUGUGAUGGAGGCUCCACAGAGGAUGGCUGUGUUGCAGCCUCGCGGGAUGACACCACUCUCAAUGCGCUGAACACACUACACGAAAGCGGUUACGAUGCUGGCAAGGCCCUGCAGCGCCUGGUGAAGAAGCCUGUGCCCAAGCUGAUCGAGAAGUGCUGGACUGAGGACGAAGUGAAACGCUUCGUUAAGGGACUCAGGCAGUACGGCAAGAACUUCUUCAGAAUCAAAAAGGAGCUGCUUCCCAAUAAGGAAACAGGGGAGCUGAUCACCUUCUAUUACUACUGGAAGAAGACCCCCGAAGCAGCCAGCUCCCGGGCCCACCGCAGGCACCGUAGGCAGGCCGUGUUCAGGAGAAUUAAGACUCGCACUGCGUCCACACCUGUCAACACACCCUCUCGGCCCCCCUCCAGUGAAUUCUUGGACCUGAGUUCAGCCAGUGAAGAUGACUUCGACAGUGAGGACAGUGAGCAGGAGCUGAAGGGUUACGCCUGCCGCCACUGCUUCACCACCACCUCCAAAGACUGGCACCACGGGGGCCGGGAGAACAUUCUGCUCUGCACCGACUGCCGCAUCCACUUCAAGAAGUACGGCGAGCUCCCGCCCAUCGAGAAGCCUGUUGAUCCCCCGCCAUUCAUGUUCAAGCCCGUCAAGGAGGAAGACGAUGGCCUCAGCGGGAAGCAUAGCAUGAGGACGCGGCGGAGUCGGGGCUCGAUGUCGACACUACGUAGUGGUCGGAAGAAGCAGCCAGCCAGCCCUGAUGGUCACACCUCGCCCAUCAACGAAGACAUCCGCUCCAGCGGCCGGAACUCCCCCAGUGCUGCCAGCACCUCCAGCAAUGACAGCAAAGCAGAGACAGUGAAGAAGUCGGCCAAGAAGGUGAAGGAGGAAACCACAUCCCCUCUUAAGAGCACCAAGCGCCAGCGGGAGAAGGUGGCCUCUGAUACGGAGGAGGCUGACAGGACCAGCUCCAAGAAGACGAAAACCCAGGAGAUCAGCCGGCCCAACUCGCCGUCUGAAGGCGAGGGAGAGAGUUCAGACAGCCGCAGCAUCAAUGAUGAGGGCAGCAGUGAUCCCAAAGACAUCGACCAGGACAAUCGCAGCACAUCCCCGAGCAUCCCUAGCCCGCAGGACAAUGAGAGUGACUCGGACUCAUCAGCCCAGCAGCAGAUGCUGCAGGCUCAGCCCCCAGCCUUGCAGGCAUCCGGUGGGGCCACCCCAGCUGCCUCCACGGUGCCCCCGGCAACGCCCCAGCUUCCCACGCCAGGGCCCAUGCCCUCUGCCACUGCAGGCCCCCCACAGGGCUCCCCCACAGCCUCCCAGCCCCCUAACCAGCCGCAGGCUCCAGUGGUGCCCCCUCCCCACGCCCACAUCCAGCAGGCCCCUGCCCUGCACCCCCAGCAGCUGCCCUCACCCCACCCUCCGCUGCAGCCUUUGAGCGGGCCGGCCGGCCAGGCCUCCGCACCACCUCACACCCAGGCCCCCCUGCAUGGUCAGGGCCCUCCUGGCCCUCACAGCCUGCAGGCCGGGCCCCUGCUACAGCACCCAGGCCCCCCACAGCCCUUCAGCCUCCCCCCGCAGGCCUCCCAGAGCCAGGCCUCUCUGGGGGCCUCCCCGGCAGCAGCGCACCCUCACACCGCCCUGCAGCUCCCAGCCUCUCAGGCAGCCUUGCCACCCCAGCAGCCUCCGCGGGAGCAGCCGCUGCCACCAGCGCCCUUGGCCAUGCCCCACAUCAAGCCCCCGCCCACCACACCCAUCCCCCAGCUGCCAGCACCUCAGGCCCACAAGCACCCCCCGCACCUCUCGGGGCCCUCGCCCUUCUCCAUGAAUGCCAACCUGCCGCCCCCACCGGCCCUUAAGCCCCUGAGUUCCCUGUCCACACGAGGCAGCGCGGCGGGGGGGGCAUCCUGCUCACUGCCCCCUGUGCAGAUUAAGGAGGAGGCUCUGGACGAUGCUGAGGAGCCCGAGAGCCCCCCUCCCCCACCCAGGAGCCCAUCCCCUGAGCCCACCGUGGUGGACACCCCCAGCCAUGCCAGCCAGUCCGCCAGGUUUUACAAACACCUGGACCGGGGGUACAACUCAUGUGCGCGGACAGACCUGUACUUCAUGCCGCUGGCUGGAUCCAAGCUGGCCAAGAAGAGGGAGGAGGCCAUUGAGAAGGCCAAGCGGGAGGCUGAGCAGAAGGCCCGAGAAGAGCGGGAGCGGGAGAAGGAGAAGGAGAAGGAGCGUGAACGGGAGCGAGAGCGCGAGCGGGAGGCAGAGCGGGCAGCCAAGGCAUCCAGUUCGGCUCACGAAGGCCGCCUCAGCGACCCCCAGCUUGGCGGCCCCGGCCACAUGCGGCCGUCCUUCGAGCCGCCGCCCACCACCAUCGCCGCCGUGCCCCCAUACAUCGGGCCCGACACUCCUGCCCUUCGGACUCUGAGCGAGUAUGCCCGGCCCCACGUCAUGUCGCCCACCAACCGCAACCACCCCUUCUACAUGCCCCUCAACCCCACCGACCCCCUGCUGGCUUACCACAUGCCCGGUCUCUACAACGUGGACCCUACCAUCCGGGAGCGGGAGCUCCGGGAACGGGAGCUCCGGGAGCGCGAGAUUCGGGAGCGGGAGCUGCGCGAGCGCAUGAAGCCGGGCUUCGAGGUGAAGCCCCCGGAGCUGGAUCCCCUGCACCCGGCCACCAACCCCAUGGAGCACUUUGCGCGGCAUAGCGCGCUCACCAUCCCCCCAACUGCCGGUCCCCACCCCUUCGCGUCCUUCCACCCGGGCCUGAACCCCCUGGAGCGGGAGAGACUGGCCCUGGCGGGCCCCCAGCUACGGCCCGAGAUGAGCUACCCUGACAGACUGGCGGCCGAGCGCAUCCAUGCAGAGCGCAUGGCGUCGCUGACCAGCGACCCCCUGGCCCGGCUGCAGAUGUUCAACGUGACUCCUCACCACCACCAGCACUCGCACAUCCACUCCCACCUCCACCUCCACCAGCAGGACCCCCUGCACCAAGGUUCAGCAGGCCCAGUUCACCCACUGGUCGACCCCCUGACUGCUGGCCCCCACCUGGCUCGCUUCCCCUACCCUCCUGGCACCCUUCCCAACCCUCUACUUGGACAGCCCCCUCACGAGCAUGAGAUGCUGCGCCAUCCGGUUUUCGGCACCCCCUACCCCCGAGACCUGCCUGGGGCUAUCCCACCCCCCAUGUCGGCGGCCCACCAGCUGCAGGCCAUGCAUGCCCAGUCGGCCGAGCUGCAGAGACUGGCCAUGGAGCAACAGUGGCUGCACGGACACCCCCACAUGCAUGGCGGCCACCUACCAAGUCAGGAAGAUUAUUACAGUCGACUGAAGAAAGAAGGUGACAAGCAGUUAUAAGUUAUUUAUUUGUUAACGCUGGCUGUGGAAACCCCAAUUCUUGGGGGGAGAAACAGGACUUUUUACACACAAUAGGAGCUGCAAAAAGCAAAAAGAAUAUCUUCUAAAGGUUUCUUUAUAUAUUUAAAAGCCCCACAACUAAAAAUGUAUCCGCAUAAUAGUGUUCGUUUGUCAAGAGGAUUUCCUGAGACUGGUUUGGGUCUCCCUGCAUGACAGUCCCCCAGAAACUUAGUGAGUCCUGGACUGGACUGAACAUUCAGAAAGCUUCCCUGCAAUCUUGGGGUUUGGCUUUAGUUUUCCUUCCCCGACGUCUCAGUAGGUGCUAGACUCCAGUCCACACCCGUCACUGUGCGUGCAGACACACCGGGCUGCGUGUGCUCCAGAACACACAAGGUUUGCAGAUAGGCGGCAUGAGUUUGGAAUCCAAGAGCUAUAAUUUUUAAAAAAUCUUUUAUUUUAAUACAUUGUAGGAAAUCUUCAUAAUUUGAGAAAGUUCUGCAGCAUGGCUUUUUACGUCUGUAAAUAAAUACUUUUAGAACAGUCUUUUUUUUUCCUUCCACAAACUACUAUUCUGAUCUAUUUUUUCCAGCCAUGUCACUAAUUGUGAAUUCCUACCAGCUAUUGACAGAAUACAGAGUUGAUUUUUUAAUAAAAAGUUAUAUAUAAUUAUCCCUUUAAUUAAAGGGAGCAGAUGGGCGUUACUAAUUACAGAUGGGCAGAAGCUUGGGACUAGGCUUGGUCACAGCAGUGAGCAUCCAGGGGUUUGCAGGGACAAUGUGACAGACUCUUUGUUUUGCUGCUUUGAUUUCCACUUCUGUCUGUUCCUAGCACGGCUCUGCCAGCGGCGCAGACAUCUGUUAGGUCACACUUCUUUCGUUUUGCACAAGGAGUGCAGGGGUUAAGUGUCCCCUUUCUUUUCCCGUGUCACCCUUCUGUUUCUGCGGGAUAGAAAGCACAUGUUUAUGUGUGUCUGAUUGUAGAUUUCCUCGUAGAUUUCUAUGCACACACAUUUGAUUGUUCUGGAUGAAUUGCCUUUUUUAAUACUCUGAAAAUUUCAUCAGCAUUCUAUAACAUUCAAGAAAAUGAUUCUGUACAGAUAACUCAGCACAUGAAAGACCCAGGACAUAUGCUUGCCAAAGGAAUCUGUUAGAGGUCCACCUUCCACAUGUGUCAUCCUAUGGCUCUUCCUGUGGUGAGGACCAGGCCUGGUCAUCCUUGCCACAGACAGCGGCUGCUUUUGAGUGAGGGAGACCCUGGCGGCCACAGGGUCCUGGGUGCGGCCUGCCUUUGUGCCCCAGGAGCCGCUCUGUGGAUGGUGACCCAUGUCAGGCCAGGAGUCCCACUCGUCCUGGAAGUAGGAAUGAGCGUCCCCCCGUGAAUGUGAAGUGGGAAAGCAGGCUUGGCCUGGGAGGGCCGUGCUGCCGGAGGCUACCCUUCCCAGCAGGGCUGUCCUAGCGACGGCCUGCUUGCUCUCUAGCUUGCAGACGGAGUGCACUUCCAGAGCAGAGGGUGGGAAUGCUGGGGCGUCUGCCUCUGUUGGUCAAGCUUUCUGGCUGGGUGUGACCUCUUCGAGCCUCUUGUCUCGGCCUGUUGAGGGCAUUUCUGCCAUUGUGGUGGUCACAUCCAAGAAUAGAAUUUACAAAAAGAGACCGCACUGUGGGUCAGCAGACACUAAGUGUGACCAGGACCCAGGCUGCAUAGGGGGCAGGAAGAGAGGCUGAUCGUUUGAUCCAGAAACCAGAAGAUACUGGCUCAGAUUUAGGUUCUGGUCUCCAACGUGCAUCAGGGGCAUUUCCAGUUUCUGUUAAAACCACGUUUGGUUUCAGUUGGGAUAGGAUCCUUUUGUCUAUUGACAGCGCUUGUAGUUUGUUCUUUCAUUUUCUCUCAUUCCAUUUCUGCCUUAGCAUUAGUUACUUAGAGAGGAGGCGAGCUCAGAUGAACCCUUUGCCAUCAGACCUCUGCCGCCUUGGCACAGGGCAUUUGCUUUCUUUGGGGAGCUGACGUGCUGUCCAGUCAGGCUUGUCCUCGGGGCACCCUGGGCUCUGAGGGCGGCCUCUUCCCACUGGGCUCCCAGACUCUCUCCCUUUUUUUUUUCCUUUUUGGUAGAGCACAGUGUCUACUGUUCAGUUAAACCUUCUCUAUCUCCUCUCUGUCAUCCAUCUUUCCAAAGAAGAGAAAGAGUGAGUCCUUUGAAGUCUGUACUUGAAACUGUCCAAGGUGUCCUCCUGGUACGCUGGGUUUCUCCCCACCCUCGAGGUGAAGCACUGAGAUUCUCCAUUAAAAACCCACGACCUGAAUGAACCCCUCGCCUGGUCAGUUGCGAUUUGUGUAGGAGGCCCGGCCUUCGUGGUGUCUUGAAGCCCAACCCCUGGUUUCCUUCGGACUUUCCCUCGUUCUGUUGGCGUUUGGUUUGCUUUCCCGUGUUUUGUAUGUACCUUGUUCAGUGUCGUCGAGGUUAAGCUUCACCGCGGCAGAGCAGGGCAGAGCGCACAUUCUGGUCUGCUACGUUUAUAUAUAUCUUGAAGCUAAAUGUAUAUACGAGUAGUUUGCCAUGAGAUAACACAGUGUAAACAGAGUAGACACCCAGAAAUCGUGACUUCUGUGUUCUCUCCAUUUGAGUAUUUUGUAAUUUUUUUGAAAUAUUUGUGGACAUAAAUAAAACCAAGCUACACUACAACCCCGGG